AUGGCACACCAAAAAUCAUAUGUCGGCGUUUUCAUCACCCUAAAUCGACUUCCUUUCUAUCUAAUUAAGCACCCAACAUUCAAACGUCUUAUUUACAGCGCUCGCUCGGCUCCUAGCCCUCUAGUGAUUCCUUUAGCUGAUACUAUCCGCCGAAGAUUAGAGAGUAUCGUUCUUGAUCGGCAAAAACAAAUCCUUCGAAUGCUUCCUACCAGGGCAAAAAUCUUAAUUACACUAGAUUGCUGGACAUCCCCAUUCUCCCAGGCAUUUAUAGCUAUAACUGGCUAUUUCAUUGAUGCUGAUUAG